AUGAACACUCUCAAGGGGCUCAAUCCUCGGUUGUCCAAGGUGCUUCGUAAAAAGCCGCUCCGCAUCCCUUCCUCUGGACCACCUCUACCACUGGGAGUACUGAUUGACGAAGAGCUCACGCCAAACUACAACUCCAAGCAUUUCUACCCAACAAAGCCAGGCGAGGUGCUCAUCGACCGCUAUCAAACCUUAGUCAAAGUUGGCUGGGGGAAUGCUUUCCUGGCAUCCUUAUGA